AGCCAAUCAGAGAGUCUGUUGUUUAAGAGCCAGGCUGUUUGAAACGGCAAAGCAAGCACCUUUCAACUGACGACUUGUGAAACGGGCAAGCGUGGUACUUUUUAUGGUUAUAUAAAAUAGUUACGAGUUUCCGAAAAGUGGUGCUACUUACAGAGAUGUCCUCAGACGAAGAGGAACCAACUAGUCCUGUUCUCCCCAAAGACUCGGACCGGGGCAGCUCCGUGUCCUCUGAGCUUCAGGAUGAGUAUGAGGAGCUCCUCCGUUAUGCUGUUAUCACCCCUAAAUUUGACACGCUUGGCGUUCAGUUGAAGCAGCGGAGCACCUCGCAUCUGUCUGCAGCGGGUGGAAAUAAAGAUGGCACAAAGUUUCAACAUGUACCAGAUUCUGCCAUUGAAGCUAAGGAUGGGAGGCACUCUAGCAGGAGCCUGAGAUCGUCACAGGCCUCCCCCUUGAUUGUUGAGCCACACUCGACACACUCAAGAGCCUCUCAUGCUGAGAAGAUGGCAGGUCAUUCGUCUAGCAGGGUGUCACUGCUCUCAGACAAUCCCUCAGAGAGGUUACCUGUGGCAUCUGAGAGGUCGAGGCCAGAUACCCCAGAACCCUUUGAGUUUGUUGUGACAGAGAUGUUUAUUUCAGAGGAGAAUAUAAACAAGAUGGAGAACAUUCUGGACACGUGGAGCAACAACCUGAAGUCAAAUGUGCUGACGGAGCUACGGAAGUGGAAGUUGGCCUUCAUUGAGCAACACAAGCUGGAGAUGAUGAAGGAGAGGGAGAGGCAUGCAGCCCAGACAGCUGGCCUGAAGUCAGAGCUAGAUAGCCUUAAACAGCUGUUACAAACCUACGAAACCUCCAACCAAAGGAAAGAUGAGGUGAUCGGGAACCUGAGCCAAGUACUGGACAGACAGAAAGAAAAGCUUGAGAAGAUGAGGGCCUUCACCCACUGGAGACUCCAGCACAUCGAGGCUAAAGAAGAGGCUCGUUCUUCUCAGGUGGCACAGCAGCACUACAAUUUGCAGCUGAAGAAGAAGGUUUGGCUUGCCUGGCAGUCUCUGAUUCAGAAACACUGGAAGGUCAAGAUGGAGAGAGCUUGCCGUUCAAGGGCUGAAGAGGUCUGCUCCCAGAUGUCUGUGGAGUAUGAAGCUAAGCUAGCAGAGCACUGUGAGGCUAUAGAGAGGGCACAGGCGGAGAUUCAGAGACUACGACUAGAGCGAGAGCGAUAUGAAGAAUCCAUGAAGAAAGCCUUCAUGAGGGGUGUAUGUGCUCUCAACAUGGAGGCGCUCAGCAUGUUUCACUCUACAGAAGGACGAGCAGAACACCCUCCAGCUCAUGAUCAGCAUGUUCCUCCGCCUCGUGAGGAUGAGCGUGGCUCCUCUGUCAUGGCUCAGCUCCAGCCAUAUGCCACCUCUUCCACACGGUUCAGUCCAGUCCAUUUUGACCACCCAGACCCGUCGCACAGUGAAGCAGAUGAUGUGAUGGGCUCUGGUGCCCCCAUGUCCCAAGAAGAAGCACUCCCUCCCACUACAGUGGUGCACAGUUCACUCCCUCUUGGGGGAAUUGCAAGUUCCCACAAAAAGGUAGGUACUCGUGUCGUCACAGCAAGUCAACAAAAAUCCUCAAAGACUGUAACAGCUCGUGUCACUGCGCGCCAUGAGAUCAGUAAGGUGGGACGUAGCAGCCUGCAGGUGAUGGGAGUGGCUCCACCCAUGAGCUCUGUGGUAGUCGAACGGCAUCAUCCUGUUACGCAGCUCACCAUUGGGCAAGCCACAGCUGCUAAAUUUCCUCGCUCCUCCCAACAGGGCCACACAUCCGCUGCAGGCAGAGCCUCCUCCAGAACGCACAGCAGCACCUGUCACACACACUCCAUCAAAGUAGUUGACUGAUGACACGCACAUAUCUCACACAAAGAUCUUCCUUAACACCAGCUAUGCAAAAAUCCAAAUUACUGGAAUUUUCUACCUUGAUAUGAAGGCCAUUUUAUAUAUGUAUAUAUAUGUAUUUUUUAUUACCCUAGAGUUUUAAAUGUGAAUGUGUUUCAUUUGUAAUUAUUACAGACUGAACAAAAGUUCAGAGAAUUCCAAAAUGAACAUUUAUUACUUUGCUUUAAAUUAUGCACAGAUAACGGUGUACUGAAGUGUACCGCAAGGCGACCAUCCAACAGCACAUGUUGUUUACUUGACGAAACCAAAGCUAUAUGCUAAUGGUGUGACGCACAACGUUAUUUUUAAAAUAAAUUAUUUCACUGCA